GCAAGGCUCUUCCUCCCAUUUCAUGCACAAAAUAACUUUCCUUAUUGAGCAAGUUGGGGGGGAAAUUAAGAAGCAUGCAUGCAAACAUGCAUGGCAGCACAUUAGAUGCUGCAAUGAGAUCUGUCAAAUAAGACGCCUGCAGCUGAACUUUUAACAAGCUUGGAGGGACAGCGAGACAGAAGAAUUAUGGACUUGUUUGCGGCAAACGAGACGUUCUCAGAGUGUGCAGGAACGCAUACUUUUGCAGCCCAGAACGGGAGCUCGGAGACGUCCAACCUGAGCUGCAGCAACAUCUCCACGCCGCUCACACCUCGCAGUGUGCGACCAGCGGAUGAUAACCACACACUGAGGAUCCUUCUGUACGCCCUCAUCUUCUUCCUAAGCGUGUUUGGGAACCUGCUGAUCAUCCUGGUUCUGACGGCCAACAAGCGCAUGCGGACAGUCACCAACACCUUCCUGCUGUCGCUGGCCGUCAGUGACCUGAUGAUGGCGGUCUUCUGCAUGCCCUUCACCCUCAUCCCCAACAUCCUCAAGGAUUUCAUCUUCGGCGCCCUCAUGUGCAAGAUAGUGACCUAUCUGAUGGGUAUAUCAGUGAGCAUCUCUACGUUCAGCCUGGUCGCCAUAGCGAUUGAGCGCUACAGCGCCAUAUGUAACCCACUGAAGUCAAGGGUGUGGCAGACACGCUCACAUGCUUACCGGGUGAUUGCGGCGACAUGGCUGCUGGCUCUCUUCAUCAUGAUCCCGUAUCCAGUGGUCAGUCAUCUGGACUCCUUUCAGCGACCCGACAACACCACCGCCCACCAGUGUCGCUGCAAGUGGCCUGUCAUCAUGGCCGAGCAGACCUGGUACAUUCUGCUGCUGCUUUUGCUGUUUGCCAUUCCGGGGGUGGUGAUGAGUGUGGCCUAUGGACUCAUCUCCAGGGAACUUUAUCGAGGGAUCCAGUUUGAGAUGGGACACAAAAAAGACUCUACAGACGUGAAGAAUGGCUUAACGUCAGCAAUGACCAAUGGCAACGACGAUGGAGAUGGCUGCUAUGUCAAUGCCCAACGUCCCUACGGGCUGGAAAUGUCCGCCAUGACUGCCUCUGUCAAGACUCCCAAGGCGGACCGACCACGAAGCAACACAUCAGGGGCAAAGCUCGAGGCAAAGAAGCGAGUUAUCCGCAUGCUGGUGGUGAUCGUGGUCCUGUUCUUUCUGUGUUGGAUGCCGCUGUACUGUGCCAACACGUGGCGAGCUUUCGAUGGCAAAUCUGCCAAACAAGCCCUCUCUGGAACGCCUAUUGCUUUUAUCCAUUUGCUCAGCUACACCUCUGCUUGUGUCAACCCCAUCAUCUACUGUUUCAUGAACACCCGUUUCCGAAAGGCUCUGCUUGCCACAUUUUCCUGUUGCUUCGCCCCUUGCCGUCACCAUCGCCGCCGCCGUCACGGGCUUCGGGACAACGAGGACGACGCUACGGCCAUGGGACCCUCCAUGUCCAAGUUCAGUUACACUACAGUCAGCACUAUGGGAACUUGCUGAGGCUGAUCGAGGUGGUUCCAGCACAGAUCAUCUAUUGUGUUUAGACAAAGGGAUGGAAUUUGCCGUGAUGUAGCACUAGCAGCAUAGAAUAGCUGUUUUUACAUUGUAAAUACCUUCAUUUCUAUAUACAAACACACCAAGACCAUCAAAUGUUGCUUAACUUGCAUUUUGUAACUGGAUUUGCAU